AUGAGUUCCCACUUGAAUCCGGAGCAGAAUUCUGGGUUUUUGGACCAUUACAUGGACAUCCCUGUUGACCUCUCAUGUGUCCUAUUUGUGUGCACAGCCAACAAUGUUGACACCAUCCCUGCACCUCUGUUGGGCCGUAUGGAAGUCCUUGAAGUUUCCGGAUACGUGUCUGAGGAAAAACCCAUCAUUGCUUCGUGUUAUUUGGGAGCACAGGAAAAGGAUGCCUCUGGUCUAGGAGGAGCAGACUUGGAAUUGGAGGCAGUGGAUGAUGGUGACAACAACGGGGGACAAGAGCAUCACCGGCUCCACCCCAGAUGUCAUGUCGUCAACAGCGCCCUGGCAAUCAAAUGA